AUGUCUCUACUAGCUUCUCUUCUUGCUGUAGCCAUUGCAACGCUGCAAUCGGCCAUGGCGCAGGAGGUCAGUACAAUGGGACCUGCUGCUUUCCUAUGGCCUCCAGACAGAGCAUAUUCCGCAGCAUGGGACAAUACAGCUCCAUGUGGAAGCUCUGCGGGGGUUAGCAACAGAACGCAAUUUCCACUAAGCAACGCCGCUGUAGCCGUCGUUCUCCAAGACGAAUCUUACUCAGUCAACCUGGCUGUCUCUUACAACAAUGAUCCUACCAGCAACUCGGAUUUCACCACGCUCGUCUCUGGCAAGGACUUCCCCGAGAUCGAGCCUGGACACGAGUGUUACUCGGUGCCCAAUCCCCCGUCAAGCGUCACCGCGGGGUCCAAUGCCACCUUGCAGCUGUCCUACACAUCAACUUUCGACGGCAACACCAACGAGACAUACUACGCGUGCGCCGACAUCCAGUACGUGGCUCUGUCCGACUUCAAAACGAGCAUACCGUGCUUUAACGUGACUGAAGACACGUCCUACACCACCUCCGCCGCAGGAGUGGCACCCACGACAACCUCGACCGGCACAGCCUCCGAGGCGUCUAGUACCUCAACGGGAUCAGCCGUCUCCCCCUCGUUGUCUUCUUCUCACCACCACAGCGGCUUGUCAGGAGGUGCCAUCGCUGGCAUUGUCGUUGGAACCAUUGCUGGCGCCGUCAUACUUGGGGCCAUCUUGUUUGUUGCGUAUCGCGCCCAUAUACGAAGGGUCAAGAGGGACGUGGCCGUCAAUUUGAGAAUGAAAGACAUGCUCGGUGCACACAAGACCGACACUCAUGUCUCUGGGUCAUCCGGAGACCAGCGUUGA